AUGGCAGCAGAAAAGGACCAAUGGGUCUCCGACCAGGAGCAAUCCGACAGCGACAUGUCGUCCGACCUAAGCUCAGACGAUGAUAUCGCGAUCAACACCACGUCCAACGCCGCCAUGUUCGACAAGGACUCGGACGAGGAGGAGCUGGAGCGCCUCGUCCUCGGCAACAAGGCGAGCUUUAGGGAAAACCUCUUCAAAGACGGCGGCGACUUGUACGGCGAUGGAGCGGACGACCAGGAUGUGGAGCUGGCUGACGCCGACACGGCCGGCAUGGAGGACGUCGAGGAUGCCGACCUUUUCAUGAUCGACACGGGCGCGCCGGGCGCAGGCUCUGCCCUCUCAAAACCCACACCGGCGUCGAAAAAGACGGAACAAGGCGAUGUCCCCGCUUGGGAGGACAGCGACGACGAGCGGCUGGCAAUCUCUCUCGCCAAAGCUACGAGGCUACGAAAGUUGCGGACGACUGAGGCGGAGGAUGUCAUUAGCGGCACAGAGUACAGCAGGCGACUGCGACAGCAAUUCUUGCGACUGAAUCCUGCACCGGCGUGGGCUCAGCAGUCGGACGGACGGCCGACCAAGAGACGGCGGCGCUCCUCCGCGGCGUCGGGCUCUUCGAGCGACUCCAGCGGGAGCGACGACGAGGACGCUUCCGCGCCGCCGCUCGACAAGUUCCUCCGCGACGUCAAUCAGCUGGCUGGGCUCGGCGGGGGCUCCAAGAAGCGCCCGCUGCGGCCAGAGGUCAUCGACAUGCAGAGGACGCGCGAGAUCCCCGACAAGCAUAAGAUGCCCGUCGAGUGCCUUUCCUUCCACCCCGAAUACCCGGUCCUCCUGUCGGCCAGCACCGCCUCGAUCCUCUACCUGCACCACAUCGCACCGGACGCGCAGCCGCCCAACCCGCAGUUGACGUCGGUGCAGGUCAAGCAGGUCGACGUGCGACGCGCCGAGUUCCUGUACCCGCAGGGUGACAAGAUCUUCUUUGCCGGGCGACGGCGGUACUUCCACCACUGGGACCUGCCGUCGGGCGUGGUGCAGAAGACGUCGCGGGUGGCGGGCCACCAGGAGGAGCACAAGUCGAUGGAGCGGUUCAAGCUGAGCCCCUGCGGGCGAUACAUGGGCAUCGUGGCGUCAUCGCGCAAGGGCGGUGGCAUCAUCAACGUCAUCAGCGUGGCGACGGCGCAGUGGAUCGCGGCGGCGAGGCUGCAGAGCAGACACGGCAUCGCCGACUUUGCGUGGUGGAGCACGGGCGACGGCAUGACCAUCCUCGGUAAGGACGGGCAGGUCGGCGAGUACAGCAUGGAGAGCAGGUCCUUCCUCGGCGUGUGGCAGGACGACGGCAGCGUGGGCGCCAUCGUCAUCGCCCUCGGCGGGCACCGGGGUCCCGAGGCCCUGGGUGACGACCGCUGGGUCGCCGUAGGCUCCAACACAGGCAUCACCAACAUCUACGACCGCAACGAGCUCAUCGUGCCAAACACCUCCUCUUCAGAUACUAACGAUGGCGACGGCGGCGACGACAGAAUCACCAUCAAGGAGCGGCCGACGCCGACACGGACCUUUGAGCAGCUCGUGACGCCUAUCACGGUGCUCACCUUUUCUCCCGACGGCCAGCUGCUCGCCUUUGGCAGCCGCCAGACCAAGGACGCGCUGCGGCUGGUGCACCUGCCGAGCUGCACCGUCUACCGCAACUGGCCGACGGCGCAGACGCCGCUGGGGCGCAUCACCGCCGUGGCGUUUGGGCGGGACAGCGGGCUGCUGGCGGUGGGUAACGACGCGGGCAAGAUUCGGCUAUGGCAUAUCCGGAGUUAG